AACCUCCUUGUAAGUCAGGUCAUGUUUUAAGAUUCUUCGAAUAUAUUGCGGCUAGUGGGCAAGUUGAGCCGUGGCAGAGUGACCUAGUGCAGUACUCGUGGUAAAAGUCUUAAAAUAAGCUUCGAAAGAUCCAAAUGCAUAUCCUCUGAAAUAAGAGUAGUCAGUCUUCAAACUCAUAAGGGAAUCUUUGACUGCUGACUCGAGGUUUGUGUUGCCAGAACGUUUACAACACACUGAAAAUUUCGGAUUAUAUAUUUGUAAAUUAGUAAAAUACAUAGACAACGCUAUCGUUUUCGGAACGAAACACACAGAGACAGAUGUCAACUGAUAGUGGAAGUGGUCGAAAGCCGCGUGCGCAGAGGAAAACUUGGUCAAUUACUUACGUCUUUCUAAGAGGAAAUUGUUCCAUUAUUUGCCUGCAGGACAUCCCAAAUUUAUUUGGACAUGGAUUUAAUUAGGCAUUAAGUACAGUUACAGUUUUCAAGAUCUCACCUAGAAAACCAGAAAUGGAAAACUACAAGAAGAUUCAAACGACAGAAAAGCCCUGUCCAAUGCCUUUCCAGGAACUGCCGUCUGACACCCCAGAAAUGAAGGUCAAGGAUGGCAGUAAAAUACGUAACUUAGUGGGGUUCGCUAUUAGGCAUAUGGAGAAGGAGGAGGCAAGGUGCAUAGUCUUCACAGGAAGUGGUAAUGCUGUGUGCAAGGCCAUCAGUUGUGUGGAAAUCUUAAAGCAACACAUUAAGGGUCUGCAUCAGGUUACUAAACUUCUGUACAAGCUUACUGAAGAGUUAUGGGAGCCACUUGAACCCACUGCUGGACUGGACAGCUUAACUGUGAAGAGGAAUGUGCCAGCUAUCUAUGUGCUACUGUCAAAAGACCCUCUGGAUGUUUCAGAAUCUGGCUAUCAGGCACCAGGGUGCUUUUCUGCUUUUUGGGCACAGACCUUAAAAGAUGAAGAAAGUCAACAAGGGCAAAGAAGGAAGCGCCAAGCAGGAGUGUGGCAAGGAAAAGGAGGAAAAGGCAAAUAUACGCCUCAAAACCCAGGAAAUCGUGGUGAGCCAGUCAAAAAGACUCAAGGCAGAGGGCGUCCAAAGCAGUAGGUCCUACUGAAUUAGACAGCUGGACUGACCCUUUUAAAUGAUGAGGUGAUCAUUCAGUCUGAAGGUCUUCAUUGUUUUGUAUUUUACUCUUCCUUCCUAAGAAAUGUGCACUCUUUUGGGCAAUAACACUUCACUUAGAUAGUCUCCUCUGAUUGGGUCUUGGGGUAGAGUGGUGGUGUUGAAAAUUUCUGGUUAAUAGUAGUCUGUCUUUUCAUUUUUAUCAGUGACACAUUGUUUGGUUUAACGUUGUUGUUGUGUCCAUUGCCUGCACAGUGGUUUUUAUUAUUUAUAUUUCAGAGUUACAGCAGUCAACAAAUAUGUUGCAUAGCUCAUUAGGCUUCUAAGCUGCGGUGUCUCCAAACACAAUUGUAUGUAUCAUGCGUUGGGUAAGCUACUCUAGAGUAUUGUGUGCACAUUGUAAUUUUAUAAUAAGACUGCUUAGAGCUUCGAAGAAGAGCUUUAAUUAACAGUAAGGAAAUCUCUGUCUUUGUAUUGGUAUUACAGAUUACUUCACCCAACAUUUUGGGUCAACUUCAGCGACUCUUGUACGCUUAUUGAAAGAACAAUUGAUAUAUGAUUAAACUAAGAAUGGAUUGUGCACCCCCAAACCCAGUAUAUAGAUUUAUUUUUGCUCAUUUCCUUAUUUUGUCAAUAAAUUACUUAAUAGACUGCUCUGUAUGAAUUCUUUGAGCAUCCUUUCCCUCCAAGAAAUCAGAAGUAGUUCUUUUGUUUCCUUUCCCAGAGUUUUAUGUGAGCUAUGGACACUCUUUGUAUGUUUUUAAGGCAGUGCACUUCCAAUAUUGAUGGGUGGAUAAAAAGAAAUAACUUUAUUGAUCCCUGAGUUUAAAUUCAUUUGCUUCAGCAGCACCUUAUAACUUACUUACAGACAUAGUUAAAAAACAUAACAUAAAGCAAGCGCACACUGUUAAAUGCAAUACAUUUAAGACUCCAAACUAUGCACACGAUACCCUGGCUGGGGGGAAAGACAGGUAGGAUGAGAGGAGACUUUAUAUAUUAAUGACUGCGGGCAAAAAAGAUCCAUAGCAGAUCCUCAUGGGCACCAUGCUGGAAACAAGCUGAUGGGUAAACAUGCUGCAUGACAACAGGCCAUGAUGUGGAUGGGCAGUGUAGGAUUUGAAAAAUAUAUUUCAUGUAGGAAUUGAGUGAAUUUAACUUGGUUAAUUAAUGAUCAGUUUUGCUGACGGCAGUACUGGUAAUUACUCCUAAUUCAGCAACGGUACUUUAUUUACCUUUCCUUUCUUGGUUGUAGGAGGGAGUCUCCAACCUUUAGAUUUAUAUCAAGGCACACUCAUUUUAAGGAAGAGAAUAAUAUAAUUUAUUAGUAAAUACAAGGGUUACAGAAGUAUGAUAAAUGCAUAUAUAAUCAAAUAAACGCAGACAGCCUAGACAGAAAAACAUGUAACAUAUAGGCUGCCUGUCUGCUGGUAUUUUAGAGUUCUACUUUAUCUUGACACAGAUGAAUAGUUUUAUGAUAUAAUUUUGCGCCUUUUGUCUCAAGAGGUCUGCAGAGGAACCACCGGAGAGAUGUCAGUGCAACUCUCUUACCCGAUGAUGUCCAGGCAGGUCCUGGCACAAGCUGGAGUUCAGUCACUUAGUUUGGAAUGGAAGUGAGGGAAGGCACAGCUGGAUGCCUGCAUCGCUGUUAAAUCUGCCUUCUUAACAGGCCUGGCAUGCAGCUAAAGCCUUGCAGAACGGGCAGCGCCCACUUUGUCCUACAGCAGCAUUAGUCUUAGUGGCCUCACAUGCCAACAUUAGUCUUGCUGGCCACUAGUGUGCACCACUGUCCUUUUUUUCCCCUCUGUCUAACAACACAAGGCUUAGUCCUUAACCACAGUUGACUUCCUUGAUCAGUUUAUUUAAGCCUCUGACAUACCUUGUGCUGGCAUUUACUCAUUUAGCAGAUCAUACCAGAGAAUAGUACACUGGCCACAAUAUACAAGUGAGACAUUCCCAGCAGCCUGUGGUGCACAUUUUGAUAUAUUUUAAUACCAAAAAGUAUAUUUUCUUGUGGAUGCUUUGUAAAAAUUGUGAUAUGAAAGGAUGUGACCAUUUACAUAAAAAUCACCAGAAAAGAGCCAACCAGUGACAUCACUGGUCUAGUACUGAGCUGUGGAAGAACACAAAUCCCAGAAAUCAAUGGGGCAGUGCGAACCAUAAUGUGAUUUGCCUGUCUCAUAAAUGCACCCUCUCAGACUACCAGAAAUUACCAGACUUGCAUUCAAACCAUGAAGUAAAAGCCAGUUCUCAUCAUAUGCACGCAAGUCAGCUAUUUACUGGUUGGAUGUAGGGGUGGGUUAGCGGAUUGGCAAGCCAUGUACGUCAGUUCUGGGUGCUGCAUUGAUUCUUAGGAUUUGAGUUCUUCACGUUUCUCAAUACCAGUGAAGUCAGUUCUUUGAGCAUUUUUCAGAAUUCUUGCUUAAAUAGCUGCAUUGUUUGCCAAUUUUAUUUUCAAAGCUCUCAUAAACUGGUAAAGUAAAACAUCACUUUAAACAGAAGAUUCUUGUAUGGCAUUUUUUUUUUUCUUUUUAUACAGCAGGACUGUUAAUCGGCCGAGUCCAAUCUGCUGUUAAGGUGGACCAUGAAGUAUUUAUAGCUCUGCUCCCAGAUCCACCCUUAGCAUUUUUGCUGCCCUAGGUGAAGCUGUAAACCGUUAAACAAAUGGCAGAAUCACAAAAGAACAAUGUUGGUAAAAUUCCUCUGUGUUCAAAUUCUAAAUAUAACAAUCCUUGCCCAAGUUUGAACAGCUUUUCCACUGAAUAAACAUAGUAAAGAUAAUCUAAACAAUCAAAAGAUACAACAGGACACAUUUUUAUAUGUUGUUGCAGCACCCAUGUUUGUAGCUGAUGAGUACUUAACGUUUAUGCACUACAUUAACAUUGAUGCUGUUACUUUUUAACUGGACCAACUUUAAUGUUGCACUGACAUGGGCAUUGGUUUUCGAAAGGGCAAAUGCUUGUCUUGGAGUUAACAAGUGCAAAUCCAUGCUCAUAGAAAACAGCACAGCAGGUGCCUUGUCAAUGGAGCACAACUAUGCAAUGGCACCUGCUCAUGGUCAGUGUAUAUAACUUAAUGUAACUACAAUGUUGGUUUUUUUCACUUGCCAACUCCUGGGCAGGCGCUACGCGCUAGUCACCUCACGGCGCUGCCGCUCAGUUAUGGGGAAGCGGAUGUACAAUUUAAACAAAUUAUUUUCAUGGGAAUUGUUACAUAUGCAUAAUAAACCUAACUAUUUUACAUUACAGCGAGUAAUUAACAAUAGUAAAACAUAAUAUAUUGAAAGAAAAUUGUUUCAUGUUGCAUUAGAGGUAUUCAUUUCGUUAUACGUUUUCAUUCUGUUUGGCUUUGAAAUUAACAUGCAAAUACUUUUUAAACUUACACUUUUACUGUAAAACUUCAGUAAAAACAAUAUUUGGAAUUAUCUUUUCAUCAAUAUCGCAUUGAAUUUUGAUUCCGUGUUUGGAGUUACAUCGUGACAAUGCAACGUAUAACUGCCCAUGAGUGAAUAUUGUUUCUUUCUCUCUAAUAAAUAAACUGACUUUUUCGAAUGUUUGCCCCUGUGAUUUGUUAAUUGUCAUAGCAAAAGCUAUUUUGUAGCGGGGCCACAUAGUUAGUGUUGUAAAUGUCAGUUCUGAGUGCGUCUCGUUUCAUUGUCCCGUUUGCUGUUUGUAUGUGUAUCAGUUAAUGCCGUCCCUGAAAAGGAGGACGGAUGAUGGAAGGAGAUCACAGCCACAAACCUGGAAAACACCUGUUCACAAUUAAUCAGUUACUGCCAUCACAGGACUAUUUAAGCCAGCAGGAGGAGAAGGAAGGGGAGAGGAGAGAAAGGAGACCAUUUUGUUUCAACCACGUUUCAACUUACUUGCUGUUUUUUCACAUCGCGCCUUUUCACCCGUUUGCUUUUCAUUUUGCCAGACUGUCUUUCAACCUCCAUCUGCUGAGACCCCGGGGUCGAUUCGCCAUUCGCUGAGGAAUCGUGGUGAGGUUGCUUCAAUCGCCGGGAAAGUCAAACAACGCAUUUACCGCUAGUUCAGUCAUCCGUAUUCAGGACAGUUUGUAUAACCGGACUCAAGUUCACAAUCAUUCAGUUUAUCAGUCAUUUUUGUUAUUCGUGUUGUGUGUUUAUAUGUUACAGGGGCAAGGGAGGGUUUUUUGUUGUAUUUAUAUUUGGUGGUGUCUUGUUGUUGCUGGGGUGGAGGGAUAUUUAUAUUUAUAUGUUUUCUAUUUUUUGCAUGUCUUGUUUCAUUUAAUACAUUUAAUCCGUUUAAAU